GCGGCAGCGGCAGCGGCAGCGGCAGCGGCAGCGGCAGCGGCAGCGGCAGCGGCAGCGGCAGCGGCAGCGGCAGCGGCGGCGGGACGAGCAGGAGCGGCGGCGCGGACCCGAGCCCGGAGCCCAGCGCCUGGCUGAGUAGAUGUCCAUGAGGAGCCCGGGCUCUUCCCAGCUGGCCCUGGAUGGCGCUGGCACCAUGGUGAACUGCAGCAUCAAGGCAGAGGGGAGGAAGGAGCCUUACCAGGAAGCCCCACAGGGCCCGGUUGCUACAGCCGAACCCCAGCCCAGAGACCAAGCCUGGAGCCCCCAGGAUGCUGCUGACUCCCAAGCUCCAGCCCAGGAUCGCAGCUUCCCUGAGAGCAGUGGGUCCCCAGAACCCAAGAGACCAGGGGCGUCUGAAGUGGCGUCUGGAAGCCAGGAGAAGCUGGACUUCAACCGGAACUUAAAAGAAGUCGUGCCAGCCAUUGAGAAGCUGUUUUCCAGUGACUGGAAGGAGAGGUUUCUGGGAAGGAGCUCUGUGGAGACCAAAGAUGUCAAAGGGACCCAGGAGAGCCUGGCGGAGAAGGAGCUGCAGCUCCUGGUUAUGAUCCACCAGCUGUCCACCCUGCGCGACCAGCUCCUGACGGCCCACUCAGAGCAGAAGAACAUGGCGGCCAUGCUGUUCGAAAAGCAGCAGCAGCAGAUGGAGCUGGCCCGGCAACAGCAGGAGCAGAUCGCGAAGCAACAGCAGCAGCUCAUUCAGCAGCAGCAUAAGAUCAACCUCCUUCAGCAGCAGAUACAGCAGGUCAACAUGCCUUAUGUCAUGAUCCCGGCCUUUCCCCCAAGCCACCAGCCUCUGCCCGUCGCCCCCGACUCCCAGCUGGCUCUGCCCAUCCAGCCAAUCCCCUGCAAACCUGUAGAGUACCCACUGCAGCUGCUGCACAGCCCACCUGCCCCCGUGGUAAAGAGGCCAGGGGCACUGGCCCCCCACCACCCGCUGCAGGAGCCCUCCCAGCCCCUGAACCUCACAGCCAAGCCCAAGGCUCCCGAUCUGCCCAGCACCGCCAGCUCCCCCAGCCUGAAGCUAAGCAACUGUGGGCCCCGCCCCCCCAGCCACGGGGCUCCCACAAGGGACCUGCAGUCUAGUGCCCCCAACCUGCCUUUGGGCUUCCUUGGUGAGGGGGACACCGUCACCAAGGCCAUCCAGGACGCUCGACAGCUGCUGCACAGCCACAGCGGGGCCUUGGACAGCUCCCCCAGCACCCCCUUCCGCAAGGACCUCAUCAGCCUGGACACGUCCCCAGCCAAGGAGCGGCUGGAGGAGAGCUGUGUGCACCCCCUAGAGGAAGCCAUGCUGAGCUGUGACAUGGACGGCUCCCGCCACUUCCCGGAGUCCAGGAACAGCAGCCACAUCAAGAGGCCCAUGAACGCCUUCAUGGUGUGGGCGAAGGACGAGCGGAGGAAGAUCCUCCAAGCCUUCCCGGACAUGCACAACUCCAGCAUCAGCAAGAUCCUGGGCUCCCGGUGGAAGUCCAUGACAAACCAGGAGAAGCAGCCCUACUACGAGGAGCAGGCGCGGCUGAGUCGGCAGCACCUGGAGAAGUACCCCGACUACAAGUACAAGCCGCGGCCCAAGCGCACCUGCAUCGUGGAGGGCAAGCGGCUGCGGGUGGGCGAGUACAAGGCACUGAUGCGGACGCGGCGCCAGGAUGCACGCCAGACCUACGUCACCCCCCCACAGGCUGGCCAGAUGCAGAUGAGCACCUCGGAUGUCCUGUACCCUCGGGUGGCGGGCGUGCCCCUGGCACAGCCCCUGGUGGAGCACUAUGUGCCCCGGAGCCUGGACCCCAACAUGCCCGUCAUCGUGAACACCUGCAGCCUCAGGGAGGAGGGAGAGGGCGCUGAGGACCGGCACUCGGUGGCAGACGGUGAGAUGUACCGGUACAGCGAGGACGAGGACUCAGAGGGCGAGGACAAGAGCGACGGGGAGCUGGUGGUACUCACGGACUGACCCCCACCUCCAGCCCGGGGACUCAGCCAGCCUGCCUGGACUGUUGGUACUUGGACCCGGGCAUGCCUGGGGGUGGGCACAGACAGCUGUGCGCUUGUAGAUAGCUCGUGUGGGGAGACACGCCUUCCCCACCACACCCAUGGGCACACUGAGCAGCUC